AUGUAUGCUAAGCAGAUGUGAUGUCUAAAUGAGAUCGUUCCUCCACAAACGUGCAUUGAUUUGUCUGGUCACAAUACAUCCAAUCCUGCUCCAAGAACAACUAUCUCCUCGGAAGGCUUGAGUUUAACUUCCACCCAGACCAUAACAGAAAUUUCCUCUUUGUCUUCAACCCCACUCAACCAGACUAUUUCAUCAGCCACUUCUCUGUUUUUAUCUGGCUCACUUCCAGUGAGUUCUUCGCCCAUUCAACCAUGUCUUGCAACUGAUCCACUUGUACCCUGGUCAAACUUAGUGCCUUCAUCUAGUACCAUCACCGCCAUUGCCGUCUCCACUCCUAUUCCCACCUUACCUACAGAUUCUCCAUAUCCUCACUCUUCACGCGCCCUCGAUGCCUCCGUCUCGUCCUCAUCAAUUCACUCGGCUAUUUCCACUUCAUUGACCUCUCCCACAAUUAUUUCACCAAAGACACAUUCAAUGACCAGUGUUUCGUCUACAUCCUCCUCCUCAUCUUCGAACUCUUCUCUGUCUGGUAGUCUGGCGGGCCAAUCAGGAAUGUAUUUGCGUCUCAAAAUGGCGGUCAACAAACGCCAGACGGCCGGUGGAAACUCCUCCAUUUCAGAUACCUCAAUCUUCUCCGAUGAAUCUCUGGAGCCAUCUGUCAAGAAUGGUAUUGUUCGUAUUCUUAAUUCACAUUUAUUAUUUAAAAAUGCUAAGCCUUGUGAGUCACUAUAA